UUGGAGGUAGGCUGGGUGUUCUGCGAAGGGGUAGAUCCGGUUCAGUGAGAGAAUGAUAAACGACUGAGAGAAGGAUCAAGGAAACAACUGAGGAGAAUUUAGGGGCAGGUUAUGCGACGUGGAAAUGGGGGCAUAGGUUUCUGGGGAGGGCACACACGGAGUGGCGUCUUGCAUCUCUCGGUAGAUUCCAGAAUCCUCCGCUAUUCAGGACCGUGCAGGAAGACCAUGCCGAGACCCAAGAAGAGGAUGGCUGGGGCUGCUGAGCCAGACAAGAAGGGACCAGCAGGAAAACGUCCCAAGAUUAAGAACCUAGGUGAGACAUCAACUAAAGUGGAGAACUCCAGCCCUCAGAAGACUUCAACCUCUAAAAAUUGCACGAAAAAUCUAAGCAGCUAUUGGCUGAUGAAGUCAGAGCCAGAAAGCCGUCUAGAGAAAGGUGUAGAUGUGAAGUUCAGCAUUGAGGAUCUCAAAGCACAGCCCAAGCAGACAGCAUGCUGGGAUGGUGUCCGCAACUAUCAGGCUCGGAACUUCCUUAGAGCCAUGAAGCUGGAGGAAGAAGCUUUCUUCUACCAUAGCAACUGCAAAGAGCCAGGCAUUGCCGGACUUAUUAAGAUUGUGAAGGAGGCUUACCCAGACCACACACAGUUUGAGAAAAGCAAUCCCUAUUAUGAUCCCUCCAGCAAAGAAGACAACCCCAAAUGGGCCAUGGUGGAUGUACAGUUUGUUCGGAUGAUGAAGCGUUUCAUUUCCUUGGCGGAGCUCAAAACCCAUCACCAAGCUCACAAAGCCACUGGUGGCCCCUUAAAAAAUAUGGCACUCUUCACUCGCCAGAGACUCUCAAUUCAGCCCCUGACCCAAGAAGAAUUUGAUUUUAUUUUGAGCCUGGAGGAAAAGGAACCAAGUUAACUGAUACGCUGGAAUGGGCAAGACAUUAUUCCAAAGGAGUGAAGCUUUUAUAAGACAAAAGGUGUGAGGAGGCUUGCUUGUUAUGUUCAUUGGGGUUUGUGUACAUAGGUGGGUUUUGUGUACUUUCUCAAUAAAAUGCUAAUAUCAA